GUUCUUUUAUUUAUCUUCACAUUGCUACUUCUUCUCCUAAGCAGAAAACAAUGGUGACCAAAAACUCUGUUGAAUUCGAUCCGUAUAUCGAACGAAAGGCUUUCGAUGAGACGCAAGAAGGAGUCAAAGGGCUUGUCGAUGCCAAAAUCACCCAAGUCCCACGUAUCUUCCACAUCCCACAAGGUUCCUUGACCGACAAGAAACCCUCUGUUUCAGACCUAGAGAUCCCUAUCAUCGACUUUGCAAGCGUUCACGUGGACCCAUCGUCACGUGAAGCCGUCGUGGAGAAGGUCAAACACGCGGCGGAGAAGUGGGGAUUCUUCCAGGUGAUCAAUCAUGGUAUUCCUUUGAACGUUCUUAAAGAGAUUGAAGAUGGUGGUCGUAGGUUUCACGAGGAAGAUCCUGAGGUCAAGAAACGAUAUUUCUCGCGUGAUUUCAACAAGAAAAAAUUCGUGUACAAUAGUAACUUCGAUCUAUACAGUGCUUCUCCUUCUGUUAAUUGGAGAGAUGCUUUCUCUUGUUACAUGGCUCCAGAUCCUCCACCUCCUGAGGAUCUCCCAGUGGCUUGCAGGGAUGCUAUGAUGGAAUACACAAAGCAUGUGAUGAAUUUAGGUGAUUUGCUAUUUGAGCUUCUUUCAGAAGCACUAGGUUUGGAAUCUGAGACCUUGAAAAACAUGGACUGCUUGAAGAGUUUGCUUAUGAUCUGCAAUUAUUACCCACCUUGUCCGCAACCUGACCUAACUAUGGGGAUAAGUCAGCACUCUGACAACUCUUUCCUCACCAUUCUUCUUCAAGACAACAUCGGCGGUCUUCAAAUUCUUCAUCAAGAUUCUUGGGUCGAUGUCUCUCCUAUUCCAGGAGCUCUUGUCAUCAACAUGGGAGAUUUCUUGCAGCUGAUAACAAACGAUAAAUUUGUGAGCGCCAACCAUAGAGUGCCUGCGAACAGAGAAGGGCCAAGGGUUUCAAUAGCGAGCUUUUUCAGCUCAAGUGCACUCCCUAAUUCAACAGUUUAUGGACCAAUGAAAGAGCUUGUGACCGAGGAAAACCCUCCAAAAUACAAAGACAUAACCAUUAAAGAAUACACAGAAGGAUAUUUUGAGAAAGGUCUGGAUGGAACAUCCUAUCUGUCGAAUAUUAGGAUAUGAAUUAAGUGCAUGAUCAGCUACUCUGUUCUUGGCUAUGCAGUAGCUAACCCAAUGUAUCAAAAAUAAGAAAGCAUAGCAUAUGCGUGUAUGUGUGUGUUAUCAGUGUAAGAGAUAAGAAAUCAUAGCCUAUGUGUUUAUGUGUGUGUAUCAGUGUUUGCGUUGAGCUACUCUGUGUUUGGAUCUUUCUACUUUAGCCAGACGUACCAGACCAUAAGUGGAUGAUGCUUUGAAUUUAUUUGAUCUAAAGAUUCAAGACUUCAUUUACCU